UACUGAGAGGUGCUGAGUUUGUUUGACUAUGAACUGAACGUGGCACCAAGCUCAGGGUUGUGGUGACUCUUCCUUCUAAUUCUGCCCUGCAGCAUGUAAGACCCAGAGAAGGCAGCCGAAGGUUGACUUCUGCUUAAAUCUCUGUCCGCAAAGGCCCAGACGUGCGGACUUGAAGCCCUGUGGCCGCAUCGUGUGUCAGUGCCCCCUAGGAAUUUAUGAAAAGCACGGAAGGAUCAGCGUGCUUGCAUUCUAAGACGUAACGUUCUGUACUUUCGGCAUCCCCAGGGCUUCACCGAAGUCCAGUCAUUUUUCUCAAGGAGGAGGCAUAACCUGGAGAUGAGAUGAGGGACUCUGCAUAACUUUCCUUCUCCCAGAUCCUUCCCAAGGCAGCGCGGCGGCUGCCUCCGUCCAGGUGCUGGCUCCUGCAGGUGGAGGAGGGGGCCCCCGACUCGCGCUCCAGGCGGAAGCGCCACUGCCAUUGGCCCAGCGGCGACAUUUACCUGCACGGACCCGGGGCGCAAAGUCCGGGGCGCGGGGCUGGGGCGGAGGCGGUGGCUGGCGGCGGCCUAGGUGGGCCCGCGCUCUCGGCCAGGCAAGAUGCCCCUGGGACUGCGGGGAAAGAAGAAGAAGUCCAAGGAGACCGCCCAGCUGGUGGAGGGCGAGCAGAUGGGCGCGGGCGGCGGGAGCCUCCCCGGCCCCCCGGUUCCCGCGCGCAGGCUGGUCUUCCACACGCAGCUGGCGCACGGCAGCCCCACGGGCCGGGUGGAGGAUUUCUCUAGCAUCCAGGAGCUCUACGCCAGGAUCGCCGGCGUGUAUGGGAUCUCGCCGUCGGAGAUCUUAUAUUGUACUUUAAACACGCCUAAAAUUGACAUGGACAGACUCCUAGGAGGACAAAUAGGACUGCAGGAUUUGAUCUUUGCCCAUGUGAAAGGAAUCAAAAAAGAAGUGAAUGUGUAUAAAUCUGAGGAUUCACUUGGUCUCACCAUUACAGACAAUGGUGUUGGCUAUGCUUUCAUAAAGAGAAUUAAAGAUGGUGGCAUCAUUGACUCAGUUAAAACCAUUUGUGUUGGGGAUCAUAUUGAAUCUAUAAAUGGAGAAAGUGUUGUUGGACAGCGUCACUAUGAGGUUGCUAAGAAGUUAAAGGAAUUGAAAAAAGAGGAACUCUUUACCUUGAAGUUAAUAGAACCUAAGAAGGAAUUUGAAAUAGGGCCAAGGUCAAAAGCUGGAAAGUCAUCAGCAGAAAAAAUUGGUACCGGAAGGGAAACUCUUCGCCUGAGGCCAAAAGGUCAUGCCACCAUAGAAGAAGUGCCUUCUGAAACCAAAGCAAAGGCAAUUGAAAAGAUUGAUGAUCUUCUUGAAUUGUACAUGGGAAUUCGAGAUAUUGAUUUAGCUACCACAAUGUUUGAAGCUGGAAAGGACAAAAGUAAUCCAGAUGAAUUUUCUAUGGCACUCAACGAAACUCUUGGAGAAUUUGCGUUCCCAGAUGAAUUUGUCUUUGAUCUUUGGGGAGCCAUUGGUGAUGCCAGACGAGGAUGAUUAUGAUGUGGGUGAUCCGCCUCUGAAGAAAUGAGCCAUUGUUCUUGUUUAAAAAAAGCCCCCUAAGAUCUGCUUCUGGACACUGCACGAACUCUGGUUUAAUUGUAUGUGUAUGGAAUACAUUCUUUAAAAUAUAA